UUUUGAAACAGUAACGUUAAAUAAUAGAAUUAGAGAUUAUAGUUUCUGCUCUUAUAAUAGACAUUUUCUUUCUAAACAUGAAGGAUCAAAAUAGUUGUCAUGGAGAAAACAGAGUUCACCCUUCCAUUUCUUGCUACUUGUUUUCUCUAUUUAAUAUCUUUUUUUCCAACACCUUUGAAAGCAGAAGAUACCAUAACUCCACCACAAUCCAUCACUGGAAACCAAACACUAAUUUCACCAUCACAAAAUUUUGAACUUGGUUUCUUCACUCCUAGAAAUUCAACUUACACAUAUCUUGGAAUAUGGUAUAAAAAUAUUCCAAAAAGAACUGUUAUUUGGGUUGCAAAUAGAGAUAAACCACUUUUUAAUUAUAAUGGUUCAUUAACAUUCAACAAUGAUGGAAAACUCAUUAUUCUCAACCACAAAAGAAUUGUUCUUUGGUCCUCAAAUUCAUCUGGGUCAGCAAGAAAUCCAGUAGCACAGCUUCUAGACACUGGAAACUUUGUUUUGAAGGAUUUUGAAAAUGGAAAUUCUGAGAAAUAUUUGUGGCAAAGUUUUGAUUAUCCUUCUGACACAUUGUUACCAAGAAUGAAACUUGGUUGGAACUUCAAAACUGGUUUGAAUAUACAUUUAACUUCUUGGAAAAGCAAUGAUGAUCCUUCUUCAGGUGAAUAUAGUUACAGUGUUGAUCCACGUGGACUUCCUCAGCUUUUUCUUCAAAAGGGUGAUAAGAAAGUUUUCAGAAGUGGACCUUGGUAUGUGAAACAAUUCAAAGAUGAUCCAGUUUUAAGAGAAAAUCCUGUUUUCAAACCAAUAUUUGUUUUUGAUUCUGAUCAAGUUUUGUAUUCUUAUGAGACUAAAGACAACAUCAUUUCAAGGUUUGUGCUUGGCGAAUCUGGUUUGAUUCAGCAUUUUACAUGGAAUGAUUAUCAUCUCAGUUGGUUUUCUGAAUUCAAUGUUCAAGGUGACCAAUGUGAUGAUUAUGGCUUUUGUGGUGCUUAUGGAAGUUGUAACAUAAAAAACUCUCCCAUUUGUAAGUGUUUGAAUGGUUUUGAGCCAAAGCUUAUGCAUGAAUGGAAAAUGCUUAAAUGGUCUAGUGGAUGUGUUAGGAAGAAUUCAAGGGUUUGUAUAAAUGGAGAUGUGUUUAAGAAGUUUACAGGAAUGAAACUACCAGAUGCUGUUGAGUUUCAUGCAAACUAUAGUAUCAGCAUUGAUCAGUGUGAGGCAGAAUGCUCCAAAAACUGUUCUCGUGUUGCUUAUGCAAAACUUGAUAUAAAUGCAAGUGGCAAAGGUUGUAUUACUUGGUUUGAUGAUUUAUUUGAUAUAAGGGAGGAUUUUGUGAAUGGACAAGAUUUCUAUUUGAGAGUUUCAGCUUCAGAACUAGGUACGAAUAUUGAAGAUUCAAAUGUUGAGAGAAGUAAAAGGAAGAAACUCAUACUACUUCCUGUGAGUAUAUCAGUAACCUCAACUAUUAUUGUCUUAGCAUUGUGGUUGAUAAUUAAGAAAUGGAGAAGAAAUGGAGCUGAAGUGACAGGUAUUCAAUUUAGUGUUGGCAGAAGUAGGAGUGAGUUUGAACUCCCAUGUUUUGAUAUUUCCAUUAUUGAAGCUGCAACAGGGAAUUUCUCUGUUUACAAUAAGAUUGGAGAAGGUGGAUUUGGUCCUGUAUACAAAGGCCAGCUUCCAUCAGGACAAGACAUAGCAGUGAAAAGGCUUUCAGAGAAAUCUGUACAAGGCCUGCAAGAGUUCAAGAAUGAGGUUAUUUUCAUCUCUCAACUUCAGCAUCGAAAUCUAGUCAAGCUUCUUGGUUGUUGCAUUCAUGAAGAAGAUAAAAUGUUGGUCUAUGAAUACAUGCCAAAUAGAAGCUUGGACACUUUAUUAUUUGAUGAAAUCAAGCGCUCUGCGCUUAGUUGGCAAAAGAGGCAAGACAUAAUUAACGGCAUUGCUAGGGGACUUGUCUACCUUCAUAGAGAUUCGAUAUUAAGUUUAAUUCAUAGAGACUUGAAAACAAGCAACGUUCUUUUAGACUGCGAAAUGAAUCCAAAGAUUUCUGGUUUUAGAAUGGCGAGAAUGUUAGAGGGAGAUCAAUAUGAAGAAAAGACUAAAAGGAUAGUCGAAACCUAUGGAUACAUGUCUCCAGAAUAUGCAAUAGACGGACACUUUUCUUUCAAAUCUGAUGUUUAUAGCUUUGGAGUUUUACUUUUAGAGCUAUUAAGUGGCAAGAAAAACAAAGGGUUUUUUCACCCUGAUCACAAAUUGAAUCUCCUAGGCCAUGCAUGGAAGCUUUGGAAUGAAGGUAGGGGCAUUGAGCUGAUGGAUCCAUUACUUGAGGAUGAUAUUCCUACCCCUGAAUCAAUUUUAAAGUGUAUUCAAGUUGGUCUUUUAUGUGUUCAAGAACAGCCAGAAGAAAGGCCAACAAUGUCAUUAGUGGUUUUGAUGUUGGAUGGUGAAAGUGUGUUGCUCCCAAAACCUAAAAGACCAGGUUUGUAUUCAGAGAGGUGUUUCUUAGACACAGAUUCAUCAUCAUGUGGUAUGCUAAAUUCUGUUACUACUUUGGUUGAGGGUCGUUAAUUUAGGUACUUGCCUCCGCACUACUUGUGUGUGCUAUCAAUAUUUUGAUUUUGUUAAAAUAUAAUGUAGGCAUUGGAUGAUGAGAAUGCUAAUAAAUGUUUAAUGAUUAGUAUAUUGUAUAUUAAGUUCUAGGGUAUCUCUGGUUUCAAAGUUCAACAAAUGUGUACAUAUAAUAUAUGUACUCAACGAAAACAUAUGGUUCUUAUUUUUAUUUUUUUUGGUGAAGGAAUGGUUGUUAUUUUUAUUUA